AUGAAUAGCAAAAAUAUGGAAGACAAAUCAAAUGACAUUAAUAAUGAAAAAAUAAAUUUAUCAAUCUGCUAUAAAUGUAAAAAAAAAAAUGCUUCAGUUUCUACAAGGGAAAAGUCAUGUAAAGACUGCUUUUUAUUAUUAGUAGAAUAUACAUUUAAAAAUACUUUAAGAGAAAAAUGUUUGUUUAAAAGCAAACCAGGUUUUUGUAACUACAAAGGAAAGGGCAAAACUGAGCAAACGAAAAAAAAUGAUAAUACCAAUAGCAGUAGAAAUAAUAAUGAGAAAAAGAAAAAUGAAGACAAAACACCAAUUAUGAAAAAUAACCACAUUGAUGAAAAUUUCCAAAAAACAAAUGGACCAAAGGAAUAUAGUAAAAAUGAUAACACCUUUGAAAGAUCCCAAAACAAAAAAAAAACUACAAUAGCAUUUUCUGGAGAAAUAUGUUCUUCUAUCCUUUUAUAUUUAUUUAUAAAAUAUUUGCAAAGUGCUAAAAAUAAGAAAAAUGAUAUGCUAUUAAUGAAUGAGCAUGCAAUAUUUAGUGAAGUAAUUUUUGUUGAUAUUUUUGAUGAUGAAACAUAUAUUUUGAAGUUAAUUAAAAUUAUCGAAGAAAUAUUUGAACUUUUAGAGAAAAGUAAUGACAAAAAUUAUGCGGAAAAAGAAGAGGAAGAAAAUAGCACACAAAGAAAGAAUAUAUCUCCUAUAGCAUAUAAGGACCAAAUUACUUUUAAUAAGGGUGUUUUUAAAAAAAAAAUUAACAAAAUAUAUUUUACAGUGCUAAAAAGUAAUUAUUUUAUAAAAGAAGAGCAUCAAGAUAAAUUUUUGCAAAGUUAUGAUGCAGUAAAAAAAGAAAAGAAUUAUUAUUUGAAUUAUAUAAAUGAGUUAAUUAUAUAUAAUAACAUAUUAAAAUAUUGUAAAGACGAACAAAUUAAUUAUGUACUUUGGGGAAAUAAUGCAAAUAAUAUUUCAAAUAAGUCUUUUUUAUAUACAAUAAUUGGUAAUGGUAUUAAUAUACCGUUAUGUACGAGUUAUAUUGAUAAUAGGUAUGAACCUAUAAAAUUUAUUAAGCCUUUAAAAGACUUAUUAGAUAAAGAAAUAUAUAUUUAUGCCUUUUACAAAGAUAUUAAAUAUGGUUAUAAUAAAAUAUUCGAUGGAAAUAUAUUAUACAGUGCUAUAAAUAAUUUACUAUCAAAUUUAGAUUCAAAAAAUAAUACAACAUCUAUUGUUAAUAAUACAUGUAAUCAUUUAGUUAAUUUAAUGGAUUACACACGUAAAGAUCAAAAGAUUGUAUCACAUUCCUGUGAAAGCAAUUAUGAUAUAAUUGAAAAACGGGAUGAUAAAAGUAUUAAUUGGGAUAACAAUGAUGCAAACAAUAAUACAAAUGAAAAUGAAAAAAAAAAAGAAAGCAGUUUAAAUUCUGAUGAAACAAAAUCAUCAAAUAAUAAUAUUUAUGAAAAUUUAAAUAAUUAUAAUAAAAAUUCUUUAUGUUAUAUUUGUUCUGGUAAUAAAGAAACACCAGAAGAGAAGAAUUUUAUAUAUAAAAUGAACAAAAUUCAGACAAAAUAUAUUAUAAGAAUGAAAUACACAGAUAAUAUAUGCUCUACUUGUUUGAAUAUAUUUUCAUCUAAUGAAAGGUUUUUUAAUUUGUUCGAUGCUCUUAUAUAA